AUGGUGUUCUCCUUGCAGGGUCCGAAAGAUGUUUUGCCCGUGUCUGCACUCGUAUUACUGGCUGUGGAAAACACUGGACUUCACAUGAAAAAUUAUGAAAAAAAACCCUGCCUUGUUUGUG